UCAUAUUUUACAGCAAAUCGUUGCGUCAAACAGUGUUGUGUAGUUACAAAGUUUAUGUCUCUGAAGACGGACUCGGUCUAACGUUUAUUUACAAAACUACAAAACAGUUUAACGACCUGUUAUUAACUCUAAAUUAGGUCUACCUAGUUUAUUCGCGGUAUAUUGAUGAACGAAAAAUACAGAUUAUUAUUUUUUAAAAACGAUCCAAUCUUAACCUAACCUAACAUUGGUCAUUCGGUGCCUGCUUGGAUUAUGAAUGCAAUUUUUGUUCCAGUGCAGGUUUUGUUUAUAUUGUUUGGUGUUUUUCAGCUAGUGGAAGAAAAUCGACUAACAUGCCUUCGUGAACCGUUGUUGGCCUUCAAUAUUUGUUGAAAUUCAAAAAUAUUGGAAUGGAACGCAUCGUAAAAGUACUGAGGCUAUAAAUAAACGCAGCUUCGGAAGGAAGACGGUACUGCAGAGACUGCACCGAUAAUAAUGCCAGUUGGGAUAAGUUUCGAAAAUUCGUGUCUCAAGAACAGUUUUUCUCUGUCGUCACUGCAAGGGCCAAACGAAACCACCCCCGAAAAACAGGCAGUAAAACCGAGGCCAUACAAUAGUUUGACGAAAAACAGAGUCAAAGCGACAGCUGUUAGAAGAUCAUGGGGCAGUACCGCAAGCGACCACCGAGAAGAAUUUUGGUCCGUGUUACAGGCCAAUUACAACUAUAUAAUGGAUAAUCAGCUUAUCGAUAAGUGUCAGGAAGUAAACGGUGAUCUCUCGUUACACACUGAUACUUGGACGCUGAAAGAAUUCUAUGCCCAGUUCUCUGAACUCUAUUCUUGGUUAAAUAGCGUUCAAGAGACGAUUUAUGGAAAAGAGGAAAAUAUUACCGAUAAAGCUCUAAGAGCUCAUUGUGUGAAUAAAGUCCUCGAGAAAAGUUCUUCGUUGAAGCUGUUUAACGAUCAAGCUAGUCAACUCGUGCAAUUAUAUCCGGAGGUACAAGAGGAAGUGGGUUGGAGGACUACUCACUUAAACUCCAAAUGGGACUCCAUUUUGAGUAUUCUAGGGCCCUCGGAUUGCGAUAUAUGCGAUCAGGCCACGUGUCUAGAUAUCGAUCACGAACUGAAAUGUUUGCGGAACUGGUUCAAGAUCAUGGAGUCCUGCCUCCAGCCCUUGGAUUUUAGAGCCAAAUAUACCAAGACUGAAAUCGAAACGAAAGCUUUAGAAUUAAAUGUGCUGCAUCGUGAUAUAGAAAAUCACGGGAAAAUAGUUGGUUCGGUGGUGAAACUAUGCAAAAGGCCUGAUGCGAAAUGCAACACGGCAAACGCGAGACGCAUUGCGAACGGUCUUGAGCGACGCUGGCACCUUUUGUUUCUACGAUCUUUGGAGUGGCAGUGUUAUCUAGAAUCGUUAUCCAAACGGCAACACACUAGGAAUUCUGCUACUUCAUCGGAUGAAUCAGACAGCGAUUGCUACAGAGAGCCAGUUUCCAAAUACCCUCGACUGAGCGGCAAAGGUCACCUAAGCAAAUGCGAUCGCAGCCCCGAUCAGUUCGAAGAUUCUUAUUCCAGUGAGGACGACGACGUCGAUGCCAUAAUAAAUGAAGGCGUGAUGAACGAGAACAUUUUAGCCGAAACGAGAAGCGGAAUCGAAGACGUAAUAGAUGGCGCCGGUUCACUAAGCGCCGAUUCGUCCCAAUUUACCCAAUCGAACAAAACCGCUCCCAAUUUGGCGACGUAUUAUUUUAAACACGAGGACACAGAUUCUGACAUGGACAAAGUCGAAAAAUUUAACGCCGGGAUGGAAUGUCAGACGAGUACGCUGGACGAAACGUCGGAGGAAGAAUGGACCUUUACGAAAACGACCGAUUACAACGACCGUCGAAUCGAAUGCGCAGAAGAAGAUAUCGCGCCGAAACCGAAAGCGAUACCGGAAGACACGAUCAGAAUGUUGGUCCAAAGGGCGGAAGAGCUAGUUAGUCCAGACAAGUGUAGGAAGGAACGAAGCAAUUCGUUGAAGAUGUCGAGGGUAAACAGGUGGUUGUGUUUGGAGAAGCGGCCGGAUGAUAGUUGCGACGCCAGCGGCGAAGACGACGAACGAGAGUCGCAGACGUCGGAAGACGUCGAUACGAGCACCAUGACGUUGAGAGACGGAAUCGGUUCGGGUUCUCACAACGCGUCGAAUUUGGAAUUAACCGCGAAUAGGGCGUGGUGUAGAUCCUGUACGACGCAACUGAAUCAAACCGCGGGGAUCAGCGGUUUCUCGAUAUCCGAAUCGGCGUUGCACGAAAUGAAUCUCUCGCCUAAAUUGUUCGAUCGAUUCGCCACGACGAGCUGCGCCAACGGAUUCGGCGUCAACGGGAACAAUUCCACCUCGUCGACCGUCGAGGAAAUUCCGACGAUGGUCCUAGACAAGACGUCACCAAUGCGAAGGAAGAAGUCGAGGGCGAAGAAAAGGCCAUCGUUCGGCAAAUCGGACAGCUAUCUAGCGGCGAGCUCCGGUGUUAUUAGAGGUCCGUUGAUCAAGUCCGGUUCGUUUUCCGGAUACAGUUUGAAAGCCGUAGCGGCGCACGAGAGGCAUUCGACCAGCGAUCCGUCAGCCGUCCAUCAUUGUCCCCACAUCUGGUGCGAAACUUCUACAACCAGCGGAGCUGAAAGCGACGAGGACGCUCGGAAAAGAGUGUCAAAUUCAAAGUCGAGCUUCAAGUAUCGUUAUGUGGCGCCCCCUACGGAUAUGCGGGACGAGAGUCCCGGCAAGUGUAGUCUAAACGCAACGGAGUCGAGUUCGUUAUCCGAAGCGUGGGACAACUACCAGGAAAAUUAUUUGUCGGAACCGUACAGUGAGUCUCACGAUUCGGAUGCGGCAAGGAGACUGCUCAACUUUGGCGAAGACUAUCGGAAUUUCAUAGACAGCCAAUCGGAUUGGUCGGCGUUUUCCGAUAUGUCGCCCAAGUUUAAAAGGAAAUUUUUGGCGCCCGUCCAACCGACCGCGGAAUCGAAUAGCGACGAAGAAAGUUUAAAGCAACUGAUUAACGAGUCACGGAGUGGUUUCAAGUACGCUCAAACGGUUUUCGACAAUGUCAAGGAGGGACUAAUGGUCGCUAGCGAGUUGGACGCACUCCUGCCAAACUGUGAUCGGCACCUUCUGAACCAUAUCACCGAAUCUUCAGAAGAAUAUAAGAUGUGCGCGGGGGACCAAGCUAUCACCACAGGAUUAUCCGGCCAAUGGAGAAGUGCAAAUAUGACAAGUGCAAAAACGCAAGAGUAUAAGAAACUGCAAAAAGAAAUAUCUGAGUUAAAAGCGUUCAUCGUGUCGUUGGGUCUGUCAGAUACUACCGAAAGAGAAAGUAAUACAGAUGGCCCGUCUGAAGACUUUGAUAACGAAAUCGAAGUUUGGAAGAAAACGUUAGAAUUGAUCAAAAACCAGUCGGCAAAACUGGCGUCUCUCAACGCGGUGGUUCACCGAUUUCAAUUGGAAAAUCAAAAUUACGACGAUUUAACCAAGUCCACCUUAAAGUCGGACAUAUCGGAACUGUACGAAUUGUUCGAUAGUGCGAAGACGAGGGCGUCGAACAAACUCAGCGAAAUCGAGAACCUCUUGCCGGCGUGGAAAAUGCUCGAAGACCGUUUGGAGCAGUUGCAAAAGGAUCUGACGGAAGACGGAAAAACGAUACGUUUGUUGGAUGCGGUACUGACGAACGGUCAAUUUACGGAUCAGACGGCGACGUGCGUGCGGGACGUCGCCAAACUCUUGUCCGAAUCCAACUCUUACCAGGGUUAUCCGUUGCCCGAAUUGCUUACGGAAGGUUCGUUCUCUGACAGCGGCAUAUCGGAUGAAGGUUCGGAACACGAGAUCGGUGAAAGACAAGGUCGUUUGGCGGCUAUCCGUAGACUGGUACGGCAAUUGGAAGUGGGACUGUCUCCCGACUCCAAAGCCCGACUGGUUAUGAGAGAAAAACUUAACGCCACGGAAGAAGAACUGAAAGCGUUGCAACUGCGUUGUAGAAGUUUGAUCGUCCGGACCGCCGCUUGUUCGCAUCCGGUUUUAGAAAGGCUCGGACAACAUCAUAAAGAGAAACAGGUGGAAAAGCUGGAGAAGCCAGACGGAGAUGGUGAUGAUCCAGGCGAAGAUCCGGACAAAUCGACUUGGUUCAAGCGUCUUUUCAAAGCGUCUUUGGCAUUUCAAAUCGUUAUAUUGACAUUCGUUUGUCUGAGUUGUCUAUACGAACCGCAGUGUUGCGAUUAUAUGAAUAAUUAUUCGUGGUCCAUUAGCCCGAAAUUGCACUAUGAAGGCCGACCACCCAUAUAAUCGGAAACUAAAUUAUAAUAGUAUUUUAUUUACAGUACUUAAAACAGUGGAAUGUUUUUACACCACUGGAUUAUUUUCACGGUUAAUAUUUUUCUGUAGAGUGGGAUUUAUUUUUAAAUUAAAUAGGACAAAUCAAUGAUAAAAGAAUCUGUGCAAAGCAUAUUCCGCAAUAACCGCCACACUUAAAAUUACUGCCAUUGUUUUUCGCGAUCUCUCAAUCGUUCCGGAUUCUUUUGUUUGACCUUUGACAUAAUUUCGUUUCGCCUUAAGGUAAAGCAUUUUAGAUGAAUUUUGGGUCAUUGUUAUAUUUUUAAAACUCUGUACCAAAAUAGCAAUUUAAUCGGACGCUUAAAAAUAGUAUUUUUAAAAAAUAGAAACAUAUGAUGUAGCAUAUUGCUACUUGGUGUAUAUAAAGUAAUGUUUUUGUUUACAAAAUAAGUUCCUGAAUAAUUAAGUAACAGGUAUGGUUUAAUAACCAGAUUGAAAGAAAAUGUCCAGCAGUAUUUUUUUUAAAGAAAUGGACUCAACCUAACAUAAUUUAUUGUUUAUUGUUUUCUUUUUAUAGAUUUUAAUGCAUUUUUAUUAUAUCUUUUGCGUUUGUGUUAAACUACGAACACAAUGUAAAAACAUAACGCUACAUUCGGUCAAACUAUCCGUGGCCACGAAAAUCAAACGAUGAGUUCGGCUCAUCGAGACUGACACUUAGAAGAGGUUUUGACACCCGCAGUUCCAAUUAAGUUGUUAAACAUGGAACUUAGAACAACAAGAUGACUUAACGUUUAACGCGGUUUUUACUGGUUAAACUUUCGCGUAUUUUAUAAUUUUGCGAUUAUUUUAUAAUAUAUUUACAAGCAUGCGAUAGCAGAAAUAAGUUAAGUUAUGUUAACCCCCAUUUUUAGUAGUCAGUCGAUCAUUAACAUGUUUUAUGAUUAUUUAUCCAGCUUUUGCAUGUUCAUGUAUUUAACUAGGAUUUAUUUUUUGUUAUUUUGAAUUGCGUCGGCGAUUAAAAAACAAUCAACUAGAGAUAUAUUUAUGACAAUUAUUCUGCGCCGACUUAUUUUUAUUUCAAUCGAGAAGCGAGUUAAAGUAAUGAACAGAUUGAAAUUAAAUUAAUAAAAUUAAAAUCCCCAAAAUUACUUUAACCUGCAUUUUGUUUUGUUUUUUUUUUUUUAGUUGUACCUUGUUUUUAUUCCUUUAAUAGUUUGAUUUACUAUACACAAAUGCAUAGUGCCUUGAGCUCUGCGGCCAAAAUUUUUUUAAGUUUUGUACAUACGGCAGAGUAUUAUUGUAGACACCAGUUUAUUUUUCUAAAUGCAUGCAUUUUUAUUUCUAUCGACUUAAUUUUAACAUUAGUACUUUAUACUUUUAUAGUAUAGAUUUUUAAGAAACUAUUUUUUAAAAAAGAGACAGAAGGAGAGCAACGGACAUUCUUCGUUCGCCAAAUAACAACUCGUUUGUAAUCCGCCAAAUUUAUGUGGAGUAAAUAAAUUAAUAAAGGAUUUUG